AUGUCGGUGCAAGAAAGAGCCCCCAGCAAGGAGCAGGGAGAGGAGGGGGCACCGCAGGGGUCUGCAGCCCUGCUCGGGAUGCUGGAGCUCAGCGAGGGGUUGGCCAUCGGUGCCAGCCUGCUGGCUUACCUGGUGAACAGCCUGGUGAACAUGUGCCUGCUGGGCGCUCAGAACCUCCUCACCCUGCUGGCUGCUCUCUGGGACUCGCUGGUCGGGCCGGUGCUCAGGGUGACGGACCUGCUGGCCGCUCUCCUGGCUCACGUCUCCAGCGGGGCCAUCGCCCUCUCCAUCCUGCUGUGGUCGCCUUGCCAGCUGCUCCUCAGGCUCCUGGCCACGGGGGCCGAGCUCUUUGUCAACGUCUUCUUUGUCAACAUCUACGGGCUGGCCUUGCUCCUCUUCCUCGUGGUGGUCAGUGCUUUUGUCUUCAACCCCGGGCUGCUCUGGACGCUGACGGGCUACGUGCUGGGCUACCUCAACACCCUGCCUUCCUACCACCGCCUGCAGCGGGACAUCUGGAGGCUCUACCAGCUGGCAAUCCUGACUUUGGGAAUGGCCAUGACCUCCCAGGCCUGGCGCAGGCUGGUGGACUGGAGCCUGCAGGUGACCAACUGGAGCAGAGGAGGCAGAACCACAAACAGGGAGAGCAACCAGCGAGGGGCAGCUGUGCCCACCCUCAGACCAGUGGCUCCUGGCAGGCUGGCGGUGGCUGGGAUGGGGCAGCUGCCAGCCCUGCAGGAGGACCAGCCAGAAGCAGUGCAGGUCCCACAAGCAAGACCAGCUCUGAGUCGAAGUUCUGAACGUCUCCAGCCCCCCAGGGAGGAACCAGGCACCUCCUGGGGCAAAGCUGUGAGGAGACAGCAGCUGAACGCGGCCAUGGGGGACGGGGAGGGCAGCCCGGAUAACGACCCCUGGAUGCUGCUAAAAGAACAGGAGGAAAGGAAGAAGUGUGUCAUCUGCCAAGACCAAACCAAGACAGUCCUGCUCCUGCCCUGCAGGCACCUGUGCCUGUGCCAGGAGUGCACAGAAGUGCUGCUGCAACAGGCCAUUUACCAGCGCAACUGCCCCCUGUGCCGCCAGGUCAUCCUCCAGACCCUCAAUGUCUACUUGUGA